CCCGACACCGGCACUCUCUACGUGUUCGGCGGCCGCGUGCUGCCCAGCGACCCGGACGAGUCAGCGGCCUCUCAAUACUCUGGUCUGUACGCGUACUACAUACAGACGGACACGUGGCAGCAACUGUUACCAGACAAGCAUGACCUCCCCGCCCCGCAGCCGAGAGUUUCACACUCAAUGCUAUUUCAUCCGACGCAGCGUCGCCUGUACAUGUUCGCCGGCCAGCGCAACAAGGAGCAGCUGCUGGACAUCUGGUGGUGGGACGUGGACAGCGGCCGCUGCGGCGCCAUCUGCCCCGGCGUCACGCCCGCCCCGCCCCCCGCGGCCACGCCCCUCACCCCCGCGCCUGCCGCCGGCUUCACGCAGCGGGCCACUAUCGACCCCGACACUGAUGAGAUCUUUGUGUUGUCCGGCAUGAGUAAAGAGAAGGAUCGGCGCGUGUGUAACACGCUGUGGGCAUUGUCUCUGCGGCGACUGGCGUGGACGUGUGUGUACCGCAACGACAGCGUGGCGCCCAACCACCCGCGACCACGGUUCGCGCACCAGCUGGUGUACGACCCGCACAGGAAGAUCCACUAUCUGUUUGGCGGCAAUCCCGGCUCGGCGGGGAGUCCGCGGCUCCGGUUGGACGACCUGUGGUCGCUGCGGCUCCAGCGGCCGAGCUCCUCGGGCGUGGUGGGCGUGGCCCGCGCCGCCAUCCGCGAGGCGUGCUACCGCGAGCUGGCGGCCGACCCGCGCCUCGCGCCCGCCGCCUUGCACUACCUGCGGCACGACCUGCACGCGGCCACCGACCACGGGGACCCGCUGCAGGUGGCGAACUUCCAGAAACUGGCAACCCUUCUAUUCUCCGGCGAAAAGAGUGACGAGCGCAGUCCGGUGUCGCUGUCGCCGCGGCGCACGCGCACGUUGGCCGCGAGGCGGGCGCGGGCGCCGCUACAGGCCGACCACGUGAGGGUGUUGGCUCAGGUGCUAGGCAUCGACGACAGUACUCCUGAGCCGACCCAGCCCUUCGAGGAGUGUCUCCCGCCCACCCCCGACACCUGGGACGUGGGCCACGACGCGGAGGACCACACGGCCGACCCGCACUGGGACUCGCGCCAGUCGCGCAUCCAACUGUACGACCGCCUCGCGCACUACUACAAGCCGUCCACGGUGCCGCCGCAGGGAGACAUCAUGGACUUGGUGACUCUGUAGGUUGUGACACUACACCUACUCAACGCCAGAAAAUUGAUUGAUUGAAGUAAGCGUUACUUUCCGGAAAUCCAUAAUUAUCCAAAUGUUUUGAGUUUUCUUUAGUGUUAAUUCCGCCAAUAUUUGUCUCUAAGCAAUGCGAUGCGUGUUUCGCCUCUACACGAGGCAUCCUUAGGAGAUGAUAAUUCGCCAAACUCUGGCACGAGACUCAACGCCAAUCCAAUACGAAGGGUAACUAGAGCUAUCGAUUCGGUAUCAACGAGUUGUCAACUAGGCGAUCCACGCGGUGGUCACCAGUGGAAAGCUUGACGUCAACAAUUGGGAAGCGCGUUGUCAACUAGCUCGACCUCAACCAACAGGAAUGAAGACUCUUGUUCAUGCCGUGUUGGUUGAGGUCUCUAGGGGCGACGAGUUGACAACGCGUCGUUGCUCCUCGUUGUCGCCGGAUUCGUCGACAACGAGGAGCAAACGGGUCGGUGACAGUCAAUACGUGAAUGCGUGGAGCACGCAUCGCCUUAUACUUUCAACUUACUAGUUGACAAAUAUACACUCUUAUGUGACACAACAUAAAACUUAUAUUUCAAUGCUAUACUGUGAGUUGAGUUGGAGUGGAGGAGACGUUGAGUCGGUGCAAUGUACGAAGAUCUUAAUGUUUGAAUAAAAUAUUAUGGGUAUUUGAGCUUUUUGAGAAACUUUCAUAGUCUACUUUAAUAUGUGGAUUUUCAAAUAAAAGUAGUCCGAAAGACAUAAUCACCGUUAAUUUUUGCAUUUUUUUAUAUAAUACCUAAAAUAUAUAUGAAACCCGUACAAUUAUAACUGUUUUUUAACAUUAAUAUCAUCGCGAAAAAUAUCCGUUAUAUACCUACUUAUCCCGACGUUUCCCGCGAAUUCCAACAUAGGCGACUAUGAGACGUAGUAUUCCACAGGUUUUUUUACUAAAAUAUUCAUGUACUUAUCCAAAUAUAUAAUUAUAGUAUAUGCCAAAAGAUGUCAAUGAUAUACUAUAUUAGUUCGUGUAUAAUGUGUAUCCUAAAAUGGAUUCAUUGUACACGUCUGUUAUUAAAUACUGACAAAGUUCUAGGAACUUUGGAACUUUCAAUUUUAUUAUUAUUAUUGUUACACAAUUAUUAUUGUAUUAUUGCUCUAUGAUACUAUUUAUGGUUAAAAUGGCGUUUCUUAUAUUAAUCUCUUUAUGGCACAUUCUUCACUCGAAGCUUUUACUUGUAGACAUAUCUGAUCACUAAUUGUUUUGGAGCGCUUUCGCACUACGUCCGAUCAGACUCCGAUCCUUGAAAACACGGUCCGAAGAAGAAGAAGAAGUAGUUUACGCACUAGAUCCGGCUUCCGUCAUCUGAUUUCUUCCCCUCAACCGUUAAUCUCUGUUCCGGAGAAGAUUAUCGAAUAGACGGACCGAAGUAGCCAUAGUAUUAUUUGUAUGAACGCUCGCGCAUUGCGUCCGAUCU